AUGGGUGGAAAUAUUUAUGAAAUUGUUAAGGAAAUUUCUGAAUACAAAAAUAUUAUAGGAACCUACAGUGAUAGUAAUAAUAGGACUACGUAUAAUAAUAAUUGCAACAAUGUUAAUAAUGAAAUUUCAUAUUUUCAAAAAUGUAAGGACGAAGAAAUAUGCCACAAAUUUAUGUACUAUUUAAAUGAAUUAGAAGGGAAAUAUAAUGGAAAAGAUGCCGGUUGUAUAUACUUGUAUUACUGGUUAUAUGUUAAGUGUAACGGAAAUUGUGUAAGCACAGAAAUAAUAGAAUCUUAUAUUAACCUGAUCAAAAAAUAUGAAUCUGAAGGUGAUACCACUAUGUGCACAAAAUAUGAGAAAAACGAUAUUUCCAAAUA